GCCCAACUAAAUGAAAAAAAACCUAAUCCAUCAAUUGUCACUUGGCUAUAUAUCUCCGGCGAUAAUCUGUCGACUGUGGACAAAUCAAACCUACGAAAUUACGUAAGAAAUUUUAAUCGAAUUUGGGAUAAAAAUUGAGAAGCUAAUAGAGCGGAUUAUGUGGUGAGCUACAGAACAAGAAGUUUCUUCCAUAUAUUUCGGUUUUCUUAGUUUGUUGUGAUGUAGAUAUGAUCUCCGUAGAUAUUCUAAGAUAGUGUUUGUAAUCUAUUUAAACGCUUGUAAUUUCAGUUCUGAACAUAUCGAAAAUACAUUUCUCUUCCAUUAUGAUCUCUGAAUCUAUAGACAGUAGCCCUAGGAAUCGAUUUUGAUGUUGUUGUUGUUGUUCAUGCUCUAGGGAUGGAUCGCGAUUAUAUCAGCGAAUUGCCGGAUUCUUUACUAACUCAGAUACUCUUAGAGCUUCGAACCAAAGAUUCUGUUAAGACAAGCGUGUUAUCGAAGAGAUGGAGAAAUCUUUGGUUAAACGUUCCUGGACUCGAAUUAUUCACCCUUCAAUUCACAUAUCCUGAUCGCGAAGAAAUCUUUGUAAGGUUUAUGGACAGAUUUAUGGAGUUUAAGUGCAGGUCACGCCUGAAAAAGUUCAUGAUAACGUAUGUCGAUUGUAAAGGUUAUCGAGAUCGAUUAAUGGAGUUGAUCGGUACACUGGUUGAUCAUGGACUUCAGCAUUUGUAUGUUUUUAUGCAUACUUUUGACAGAGUUGAUUUCAAACGUCAAAACAUUUACAAGAGCAAGACAUUGGUCUCUUUGAAGCUUCAUAACGUAGAGUUAAAGAAUUCAGACUUUGUUGUUUCUCUACCUUGUCUCAAGAUCUUGAAACUGGAGAAUAUUUGUCACGGUGAGGAUGGUCCUUUGGUUGUGGAGAAGCUCAUCUCAGGAUGUUCUGUUCUUGAAGAUCUUGAGCUGAUUAGGCCUUUUGAUAUUAGGACACAUAAAGUUCUUCUGCUUCUGCGUGUGAGCUCUCAGACUCUGAAAAGCUUUACCUUACAUUUUGCGAUCUAUAAGGAUCGUACAGAUUUUUCAGUUGAGAUUGAUGCUCCAAGACUCAAGUAUAUGACUGUUGAACAGAGUCAAUCUGAUAGCAUUGUGGUAAAGAACCUGAGUUCCUUGUUCAGCAUCGACAUUGGUACUAAAUUUAAUCCUUUGAGACAUGAGGAUCUAAGGAUGCGUAAUGUUUUCUACGAUUUUUUAACCGGGAUAUCUAGUGUAAAACAUAUGAUCAUCUGUUUGUGGAGUCUCCAGAGGUUUUCUCCUUAUUCAAAACCCGGACUGAUUCCCAAAUUCCAGAACUUGUAUCAUUUAAAAGCACAGAUGUGGAGCUCAUCAACACACUUAUUGGAAGCGUUUCUUGAGAGCUGCCCAAAUCUGAAAAACCUCAUCUUGGAAUAUAAUGUUGAAUUGGAUCGAGAGCAAGUGGACUUUACCAACGUGCCUCAAUGUUUAAUAUCGACGCUGGAGUAUGUUGAGAUUAAAGAACCGAAUGAGAAAAGUACGAUUAAACUAGUGAACUACUUUCUUGAGAAUUCAGCAGUCCUCAAGAAACUUACUCUACGUUUCUCAUAUUCAUCUUCUAUCUACCUAAAGAGCUACAAGAAGCUUCUUACAUCAACAAAGCUUUCUCCCACAUGUCAAGUUAUCUUUGGUUGUUGAACAUUGUUUCAGUGACGUUAUUCCUGUAGUUUGGCUUUUUGUUGCUUUGAUUUCAAUUUCAGGACAGAGUUUCAGUUUAAUUAUAGUUUUCUCUUUUUUUUUUAAUAAAAAUUUUUAUUUUCAACAUAAUAAUUGUAGUUUAUAUACAUUUUAAUUAAUAAUUGCAUUUCUCUGGUUGUAUAAAAUUCUAAUUGGGUUUUGGAUUC